AUGAAACGUCCAAAACAUAAAUUAUACUACACUUGGCAAGCUGAUUGUACCUGGAGAAAAAAUUUAGUUCAAAUCAAAUCUAAAGAUAAGCAAUAUGAAACAUACAAACUUUUGACGACAUUACUUCAUGAACAAAAUCCAAAAGUCUUUGAUAUAAUUUUUGAAGAAGCCAUAAACCAAUUGUUGGCCAAUUAUGACACUGUUAAUUUUGCUAAUUAUUUUGUUAAUAGUUAUGGUAGAAUCUUGGGCUUACUGUCAUCGUCUUCAUGCAGGAAUAAAUACUAA